AUGUUUCCUAUUAUAACAAGAUUAGCAAGACCUGCUGUGAUGGCUGCCAGACCUGCGAACGUCGCAGGGUUUAUGAGAGCGUCGAGUAUAACAAAGAGACUUUACCAUCCUAAGGUUAUAGAACAUUAUACACACCCAAGAAACGUGGGCUCCCUUGACAAGAAAUUACCCAACGUGGGCACAGGCUUGGUGGGUGCCCCAGCUUGUGGGGAUGUGAUGAGGUUGCAGAUCAAAGUGAACGAUUCCACGGGUGUUAUUGAAGACGUCAAGUUCAAAACGUUUGGAUGUGGCUCCGCCAUUGCCUCCUCUUCGUAUAUGACGGAAUUGGUGCAGGGGAUGACUUUGGACGAUGCUGCGAAGAUCAAGAACACUGAGAUCGCUAAGGAAUUAAGCUUGCCUCCUGUCAAACUACAUUGCUCAAUGUUGGCCGAAGAUGCUAUUAAGGCAGCUAUAAAGGAUUAUAAGUCAAAGAGAAACACUCCAACCAUAUUGUCGUAG